CCAAGGAAUUAACUAAGCUAGAGAAUGGUGAACUCGGCAAUUUCCUGUACUUAAUAUUAUGUCCACUAGAACAAUAUACUGCAUUUCAAAUAAGCUAAUGUUUAUAGAGUUCAAUAUUUUAAACAUUGUAAGUAUCAAAUGAACAAUCGAAUUUUGGACUGUGCUAAAUAUGUUACACUUAAUUUAUGUUUCUACAAACGGACGCAGUUUCAUAUUUCUGUUUUAUAACAUCGAAUAUAAAUUAGGUCGAACAAAAGCUAUAUAUUUUGGCAUAUGAAUACACACAAAAUUAAUCAAUAAAAUGAGAAAUAUGUUUUUCCAUCAAACAUUCGACAAUUCAUAAAGCAAGCACCACAGAGCAUACCGCCGAUCCACAAAGACAACUCAGCAGCCGGCUAUUUUCCCGGAAGUGAUCAGUGGAUUAAAGAUGCAGGAACCGCUGUGUGUUCAGUAGAAUCCCGGAGAGAUUCGCUGGAAAGAAAUGCCGAUUAUCUGACGUAGUAGAUUUUAGCAGGAGCAAAAAUACCACAACAAAUCAUGGAAUGGACAGCUAACAGUUUGUGCUCCCUCUUGCUCGCAUUGAACUCAUUUCUGAAUUAUUUCCAAACGACGCGUGCAGGAUGUGAUAAUUUAUUUAAUUGGGAGUAAUAGAUCAGCCAAUUUUUUAAGAAGCAGAUUUUCCGUAGUUUAUUCCUAAUGUCAUUGGAAACAUAAUUUGUUCUUCAUUCACAACGGAGAGUGAUAUCCGGAAAAAUGAAGAUGUGUUGUAUUAUAUUUCGUUGUUUGGUGCUUUUAAUCAUGGAAUUUUUACCGUUUCUAUUCGGAGAGACAAUAGAGGUUUCAAUAUUCCUAAUCAUGCCGGACAGUGCGCGUCUAAAUAAGAAACUUAAGAAUGCCUUAGCGGAGUCCUAUUAUACAGAUAUUUUACGAGAUCUGAAAAGAUCUAAAACUUAUUCAGGUGUUAUAAAACAGAGCUCUAGAAUUAUUGAUACUGAAAAUCCGCAAGAUAUACUGGAUCUAUUUUGUGAGAAUAUUUUCAAAGAAAAAGUUAAUACUAUUCUUUACUUUCAAUUGCACCCAACUAAAGACCCUACGCCAAAUUACAUCAUCAACAUGGCGGAGUACUUAAGAAUACCAGUUAUUUCAUGGGAUUCACAAUUUCCAGGAGCUUUAGAGAACAAGCAAGACUCAACCGUUCUUCAGCUGGCACCAACGAUAUACCACCAAUGUGUUCUGAUGAUAGACAUCAUGAAAAAGUUUAAAUGGACCAAUUUCGCCAUCGUGACAACGACCACAUUCCAUUACUUAGAAUUUACCAAUGCCAUAGAAGCUCUUGUAAAAGAACACAACCAAAGAGUCAAGUUCGAUAGAAAAAGCAGAUUCAAUCUACUUUCAUCCAUCGUUGUCAAUAUCCUGCCUUCGGAUAACGACACAGUGAUUAAAGACAAAUCAAGAGAGGCCUUCCGAAGAGACAACAAAUUGGAAAACAGAGUAUUCCUCUUACAUGCAAAUUCUCAUGAGGCUAAAGACAUAAUGGAGGUAGCGGAGGAACUGGAGCUCACGGGGAAGGACUACCUCUGGAUCAUGUCCUCCUUCUGUGUCGGAUUUCUAAGAAAUCCCAAUGCCCCCCGUGUGUAUCCACUUGGAAGCUUAGGCAUUACAUAUACCACCAUUGCAAAAGACGAAUACGAAGAAAAACUGUUAGAAAAUGCAAUAAAAACGUCUGUAAGGUUAUGGGUGGAAACUCUCAAGGAAAUCUAUACGUACAGGAAUCAAUACCAAAUAUCUCCCAAUUUUUCCUGUGAGUCUCGGCAAAGCCUUCAACAAUGGCGAGAUGGAGAGUUCUUCUAUCAAUUGAUGAAGAACGUAACGUUGGAUAAGCCUACACCAGUACAGUUCAGUGAAAAUGGCGUAAGCCAAAUAGUAAAUCUAAGAAUUGUAAAUAUUCAACACUUGACCGAAAAGUACACGACAAGACAGAUAUGGAAAGAGGUGGGAAGAUGGGUGCCUGUUGAAUCUGAAAUAAAAAAUAAAGCAAAAAUGAUGGUGGAAAUGUCUGGAAUAACUUGGCCGGGAAAUUCCAUCUUGCCUCCGUUAGGAAAACCAGAAAAGCGUUUCUUCAGAAUCGUCACCUUAAAAGAACAGCCGUAUGUGUAUUAUCUGGACAAGGGUGCCCAAGAAAACUGCGUUCCACCCUCCGUACCGUGUCGUGUGAUGAAAGACAAAGUAAUGAGUGCCAAUGACAGCUCUCUUCAAAACAACUCGGUCGUUCGGUGCUGCGCAGGGCUAUGCAUCGAUAUCUUAACAGUGAUGAGCUCCAGAAUGCAGUUUGAUUACGAACUAUAUGAAGUACCAGACCGAACAUGGGGCCUCCCAGAUCAGGGAACAGGGGAAUGGAAUGGUCUGAUCAAACAAAUCCAAGACCACAGGGCCGAUAUGGUGUUGACCUCACUGAAGAUCACGCCUAAACGCAGCGAGGUCGUUGAUUUCUCGAUUCCAUUUUUGGAAACGGGGAUCACCAUAAUGGUAUCCAUUAGGAAAGGGAAUAUCUCACCAACAGCUUUUCUAGGUCCAAUCCACAACAAUUACUGGUUUACACUCUUUGUAAUUACCUUACCAAUAGUGGCCUUUUUCGUAUGGCUGCUAGAAAACUUUUCUAAAACUGAAGGAUUGAAUGUAAAAAUUAAAGAACCGUACGACUACCCGUCGUGGUGCGUCAUACUGGUCUUCAGCGUGCAUGCUACUGGAGCCGCCAUCUUUAUUUCUGAAUGGCUGAGCCCCCAAGGACUGAACAGGGGCGCCACCCCUUUGAGAGAGCACAGAUUUUCCCUAUUCCGAUCCUUUUGGUUGAUUUGGGCCAUGCUGUUCGGGGCCUCAGUAUCCACAGAUAACCCCCGAGGGGUUUCAAGUAGAUUCCUUUCUAACGUGUGGGCUCUGUUCGCAUUAGUCUUUCUGGCAUCCUAUACAGCGAAUUUGGCCGCUUUCAUGAUCACGAAAGAUGAAUAUUACAACUUGUCUGGAAUUAAAGACUGGAGGUUAACCAACCCAUAUUCCAUGAAGCCCCCGUUUAAGUUUGCCACCAUACCUAAUGGGAGUACCGAGGAGAAUCUUAGAAAAAACCAUUACAAUAUGUACCAAUACAUGCAACGCUACAAUCGCCCAACGGUAGAUGACGCGCUAGAAGCGCUUAAACAAGGGAAGAUACAGGCCUUUAUUUAUGAUGCCACUCCCUUAGAGUACCACGCGGGCAACGACAAUAACUGUGAACUGAAGACGGUGGGAGAGAAGUACGCCAUGACAGGGUACGGCAUCGCUGUCCCCAAGAAAGCUUCUUACCUGGAAGAAAUCAACGAGGUGAUUUUGGAACUCAAGGAAAAUGGUGAAUUAGAAAGACUAAGGCGAUUCUGGUUGGCUGGGGCAUGUCACAUGAAACGCAAACGAGGCCAAUCAAGCCACACCAUUGGGAUUCCCAAUUUCACUAGCGCCUUUAUUUUGUUAGCCUCCGGUGUUUUACUCGGAGGGCUUGUCUUGCUAAUGGAACACUUGUACUUCAAAUUUGGCCGACGCUGUCUUCGAAAAUACGAUAAAAACUUAUGUUGUUCUCUUGUCAGUUUGAGUAUGGGCCGAUCGCUAACCUUUGAGCAGUCAGUGAUGAAAGCAAUGGCCAGACAGAAACUCAAAGAGUGCAAGAACCCCCAGUGUGAGGUGUCGCUGUGGAAAGAACGGCAUAGUCACGACUUGUCGUUAAUGUACAUCAAUAAACUCAGAGAACAGCUGGAAAGCUAUGGAAUAACUCCGGUCGAGGAUACAAUUACAAAGCCUCAGAUAUGUGAUAUUUCUUUAAAACACAAUGGAUAUCCGAACACGUCUCACUUCCGCCAUCACAAUGCAUACAAAAGUGUAGAAAACAGACAGGAGAGUCACCAGCUAGACUCUUACGAUAGUACGCCGGUUCGGUGGAAAAGGAAGUGUUUGAAGCGAUCUUCCAGUUAUACGAACGCUGUAGAGGUAGCGAGGGACGAGAUCUCAGACAAACACAAAGUGCGAUUCAAUGAAGGAAAGUUUUACAUUGGUGUUGACAACGAUAGUUCCGAUCAAGAGACGAUUUGAUUGCGUGGAAGAGUUAUGGUUCUUGUUUUAAUUUUCAACUGCAAAGAAGUAUAUAUUUGCCUUGUUGUUUUCAUUGUUUUUAGG